UCUAGUCUAGUCUAUAAAUGAGCCGAACAACCUCCAGGCAGGAGGGUCAGCUCGGACAGGCGCUGCUGAAUGGAUGCAACAUGGCGGAGAAAGGCGGCGAACUAUUGCUGCGGACCGCUCGGACAGGGUCUGCAGUGCUGUAGCACUGUUUUAAAUUAGGACUGGUCUCUGGAUACACGGUAAAGGAACAGUUUGGUUUGACGCUACACAAAAGAAAACCUGUUCUGGAAAUGAGCCGCGUGUGAGGAAUUUGAGAUGAUCCGCCACGCAACAGAGCUUUCAGACGUCCAGGAGUCGGUGCAGGAGUGCGUCCCCUCCCCGCCUCUGCCUGCUGAUCAUGUGCUCAACUCUGGAGCGGUGCUCUUCCCUGGUACCUUCGAUCAACAUGGCUGCCCUUUGAUUAUUUUCCCAGUGGGUGGACAACUCAAACUUUCCUCAGAACUCAGCAAAGCAGAAGUGGUGGACUUCAUAAAUUACUUUCUGUGUCUGCACAACAAGAAGCAAGAGAAGGAGAGUUUGGUGUCAGUGGUGGCUGAUCUGAGGCAUGCGUCGCUUCCUACGACCAGGUUCAUCGCGGAGACUCUGCUUCUGCUCGAGCUGCACAAGCGGACGGUCCACAGCGUGUAUAUAAUUCAGCCCAAGAAGAAGGAUGUUGUCAAACUGUUGCUGAAAGUCCUGGCUCCGUCCAAAGCUUACACUCCCUCUUUAAAGAAAGUUCUUUUGAAAGAAAUCUCGGAGCUGUCAAACUAUAUUGACAGAAGUCAGCUACCAGCACAGUUGGGUGGCUACCUUAUUUACUGUCAUCAGAGUUGGGUGGCCUUCAUUAAGGAGAUCGAUGCGUUUGUCAAAGAGUUCCUGUCUGUGGUCCAGCGGCUGCCGUCAUGUAUCUCCACCCUGCAUGCCCUGUCCAGGCUGCCUCUGCCCUCCACCUUCACUGAGCUCCAGCUCUUCACUUCCACCAACGAAGCCAAGUUCCAGCAGCUAAGGAGGGAGCUGGGCUUGGAUGAGCUGCUGAGGCACUGUGAGCGUGUGGUGGAGAAGCUGCGUGACCCUGAGAAGGAGCCGUGUUACCAGGCCAUGGCUGGCACUGCCCUCUUCACUAACACUGCCUUUGAGAUGCUUCAGAACCACAGCAGGAUAACUGCAGCUGUGGAAAAAGUGGAGCUGCUUUGGGAGCAAGCCUUUUCCAAGGCCCGUUCCCAGCUGCAGGUGUUCCAGCUGCGAGAGAAUGCUUUGCAGAUCACAGAACAGAUCAAAACUCUUCAUCAAGAAAAGCUCCAGGCUUACAAAAUAGAGAUCGCCAAGGAUGCUGCAAAGGCAGCGAUGUUAGUGUCUGAAUUUGAGGCAUCUGUUCACACUCCUGCUAUGGCCCUCGUACGCUGUGCUGAAGAUGUGAUCCACACGUUAGCAGAGAUCCUGCCCUUUGAUGGUCAGACAAGGGAGCACUGGGCUCUGGAUCUGGAGAGGCUGAAGGAGAAACUCUACUGUGCCGUGCACUUCAUUCUCCAAACCCUAAGAGCGGUUUCAAGCUACCAUCGUAACUACAGCAAGGCCAGCAGCUGGUACAGUCUGGUCCUAAGUGAGAACUUCCUUCAGGAGCUGCUGUCAAAUGUUAAUGGAGACCGUGAUCCCACACAGAGGCAGAAGAACUGGGGGACGAUCCCUCCAUGGAAACACAAAAUCUCCACUUUCCUGAAAAAGAAUCCCCCUCCAGAUAGGGAAGAGCUGCUUCAUCUGGCUCACCUGUCUAAUGUUAUCCCAGAUGAGAAAGUCCAGCAGGAAGGCAAGCAGAUGUCUCAGCGGUGCAUGACCUUGAGGAAACUGCUAACGUCCUCAGGACCUGUGGCUGUUGGUCACCUCCAGCUGGCCUUACAGUGGCAGUAUGAGCUGUUGCGGAGCAGCUAUGUUAAUCAGUCUUCUGCUGACAGUGCUGCAAACAGAGCAUCUAAGGAUGUUAAAGACUUCACUAAAUGUGAAAGUGGUAAGGAAGCAACCCAUCUUUGCAGAACAUCUGCUUCAACUGCAGCUGCCGGGAUGGUGUCAGCUGAGGGCAAACCCCCCUCCCUCAGCUCAUUCGACUCAGGCUUUGAUGGAGCUGGGAGCAGCCAGCUGGAGGCCUCAGGGGGGAGGGAAGGAGUGGAAGGUCUGUCUAGAUUAACUGGGACCAGGGACACUGGGAGACCUGUCUUAAUCCAGCAUCAAAUCCACAAAGAGAAUAUCUGCAGUGUUUCAGAUUCUGAUGAUCACAGAGAGGAGUUUGACUUUGGCUCUGUGGGAAACACCUCAAGGGCUAGCAUCCAGAUCAUCCCUAAAGUUACCGUGGAGUCCCUCAAUUUUGAGAUCAAAGUGAAGCGCACAGCUGCUUUACCCAGCAAUCCUUGGCUUAGCUUACCUGUAGACAAUCUUGAAAACUCUUACACGGUUACCAUUACACAGAACCCAACACCGCAAAAGAGAGACUUGCUGUUCUGUGAUAACUCCUCUACUACCACCAACGAGUCCAACAGGUGUCGAGAUCAACCCACACAGACAGAGGUGUUGAACAGCAUGGAAUCCAGAGGCCUACAGAGCAGCAGCUGGAUGUUACACUCACAAAGCAGUUUGGAGGAUCCUGAACUAAGCCCCAUUUGCAACAUCCUGUCCAGCACCAUUACAGAUGGACGAGAUAAGUCCAUCAACACCACAGAGGGGAUCCCCACUCUCCUGUGGGAUUCUUAUGACCUUCAUGACCAGAAACAGGAUUCUGUUGAUGGUCUGCUCGAUAUCUCCCUAAAGGACUGGGAUGUUAAAGAACAGGAGGGUUUAAUGGAAGUGGAGAAGAUCCUUGACAGGGCUGAUGAAAUUCUGGAGAAAGAAGAAAAAGUUCUGGCUCAAGAGGCUGUACUGGAUGCUUUGCUGAGGUCUGAGGACCAGCACAAUCAGUGGCUGUGGGACAGUGAGGAUCAGCUCAGAGUGAUGUCAUCUAGUGAGCUGGUCGAAGCUGGUGUUCUUGGCCUCGAGGAUUACCUCGUACCUGCAGAAUCUGGCAACCUCAGCGAACCCAGAUCAACUGCAUCUGCAAGUGAAACUAAGGCAUCUGACGACGACAGCCACUGCACUGACGCUACCACAGGAGCAGAUACUUUAGUUUCUUAUCGCAGGCCAGAUCUGCUGACGGAGCUAAGAAAAGUCCACGUCCUGGAUGAGCUGAUCAUGGAGGAGAACUUGAAGAUCCAUACGUUCAGACGCUGCAACACAAAACCCAAUGAGGAACUUUGUGAAAGCAAACCUUCGGAUACAAGCACACGGUCAAGUAUGAGCAAAGAGCAGGAGGCUUUUCGGUUUCAACUAGAAAAGGAGAAGAGGGAAGUGGAUAAGCUCAAGAAGAGUUUGGACAAAGAGUGCAAAGUGAAGAAGCACAAGGACAGAGCAAGAAAGGUUGUAAAAUGUUCUAUAAUGGAGAAAGCUAGAACUGUGAAUAAAGAGGACCAAGCACUUUGUAAUGAUCUUUUGUCGGGUAGCAGUAACAAAUCGCUGAGAACACGUUCAACACCUUUGAUUCAUAUUAAUUCUCAGGCUCAGGAGAUCUGUAAAACUCAAUGUAUUCCAGCAGCAAUGGGUCGUGAUGUUGCCAAAGAGGCUACACCACAAGCCUUCCAGACUUCCCAAUGUCAGGAUCAUUGCUCUGAAGUCGAGUCAUCGGUAUUGAAUAGAGCUACCUCUGUUUUGAGGGAACCUCCUGAAGAAGGGGGAAUCCAACCUCAGGGACAUAUCAGUGUGAAAGAAUUUGACAUAUCUGGUGAACAUGCUACCGUAUGCAAACCAGAAGCUUCUAUAACCCCUGAAAUGAAGCCAGGUGAUGGAGCGUUUGACCCAGGUGGGAAAUCACACCACCCUCCUGUGCCUAAGCCGAGGAAGGCUUUCCUUCCUGCAAAUGACAGCCCUGCAGAACCUAAAACUCGUCAUUCCCCAGAGCUACAGAUUCCAGCUCUGUCCUCAGCUGGUCAGAAUCCUAGUAUUGUGCAACCACUUGGACCACUUGAUGCACCGUUGGUGAACGUGACUUCAGCUAUCUAUCCCAACUUGGCUCUCAAUCCGCACGUAAAAGAACACAGCAAUAACAAUAAUAACCAUUCACUUCCUGAGAAAUGCAAUGUGGAAUUAGACCAUAUGUCUGAAACAACCACUAAAGCUAAAGAGUGUGCAUCAGAGGUGCCGGAAUAUUUGCUGCAGAUAGAUUUACGCCCAGCGGAGGAAAUUCAGACUUCAUCUCCGGUAGAUGAGUGCCCACGUCAACAGUCGGCACACCAGCUGCAUCCUGACCAGCCUCUGGAGUUGGACCCCAGUGGACAAGAUGAGGAGAAAGAAGACUCUGAGAACAUGAGGACAUCAGGCUCUGGGUCAACUGGGAUUCAGGCCCAGCUAAACAUUAGUGUGAGAAAGAUGACAGAUUUCGGGAUCCCCAUUGUACUGGAUACAGGCUCUGGUCUAAUGAAAGCAGGAUUUGCAGAUCAAGAUCUUCCAAAGGUUAUAUUUCCAACAAUUAUUGGGAUGCCAAAAUAUGAGGAAAUAAUGAAUAGUAACCUUGAAAGGGACACCUACAUUGGACAUGAGGCUCAGCACAUGAGGGGGGUCCUGGCUCUGAAGCAUCCCAUAAAGAACGGGAUCAUUCGGAACUGGGAUGAAAUGGAAAAGAUUUGGCAUCACACAUUCCAGCAGCUGCGUGUGGAUCCAGAGGACCACCCAGUUCUGCUGACUGAGGCAGCCAUGAACCCCUUGGAGAAUCGUCAGCGCAUGGUGGAGGUCAUGUUUGAGUGUUUCAGUGUUCCCUUCACCUACGUGGCCAUGCAGGCAGUGCUGGCACUUUAUGCAGCAGGGAGAUACACUGGUGUGGUGUUUGACUCUGGAGACGGAGUGAGCCACAGCGUACCUGUGUUUGACGGAUACUGUCUACCUCAUGCAGUGCAGCGCUUCCCUCUGGCAGGUGUAGACGUUACACUGCAUCUUAAAAAGCUUCUGCAGGAACAAGGAGUGUGCAUGCGCACCACAGCAGAGAUGGAGAUAGUGAGGGAGAUAAAAGAGAAGUGCUGCUGUGUGGCUUUCAACUAUGAAGCUGAGCUGAACGCGGGGGGUACGUCCAGCAGAGAGAUGCAUUACACCAUGCCAGAUGGACAGGUCGUCACGCUCAGCACGGAGAGGUUCAGGGCCCCUGAAAUUCUUUUCAAACCUGAGCUGAUUGGACGGGACCAUUGUGGAAUGCACGAGAGCAUCUUCAAGUCAAUCCUCAGCUCAGACAUGGACCUGCGGCGCUUCUUCCUGGGAAACAUUGUACUGUCGGGUGGGAACACUUUGCUGGCUGGCAUGCCUGAGCGGCUCCAGGCUGAAAUCAAAGGACUGGUUUCUACUGACAUGGCUGAAAUUGUUCGUGUUACCAGUCCCCGUGACCGAGACUUCUCAGUGUGGAGUGGAGGGGCGGUGCUGGCCAACUUGCCCACCUUCAGCUCUGCAUGGAUCAGUCGGGAAGAGUACGAGGAGUACGGGCCGCAGAUCGUCUUCAGGAAGUGCUUCUGAGACGGACUGAUGUAAGCCCCUUUGCUGUGGCCCCCUAUAAAAUAUGGUGACUCCCCAGUCCAAGUAAAACAUCAGUGUUGCUGCAGUAAUGUGAACUGGAGAGGAGAAAAGUGAGCAUCUGAAGCAUGUGAAGUCUGACUCAUGUUUUCCUGCAUGUUGGUUGUCCACCCGAGUUGGUUUUUGGUUAGUGAAGGCUUAGUAUGUGGUUGGUAACAAUGAAGUUCAAGCUCAUGGUUGGUGAAAGAUGUGAAGAACAGUAUUGUUCAUGUAAUGCCUAUUGCUUAUUUUCAUUCUGAAUAAGCAGAUGAUGUUAAAUGCUACUGCUGCAGGUACAGUGUUUGUCUAAGCUGAAAUUCUCUGUAAGACUUUUUUUAUUUGAGUGUGACGUCUUGCCUCUAGUUUUGUUUUUUGUUUUUUUCAAAAGUAUCUUAUGAUCUAAGAACAAUACUUGUGUGGAUUUUCUUCCCCAACACUUGCAGAGUAGCAUAUAUAUAUAUUUUUGAAGGUGUUCCAGUAUUGUCAAAACUCUUCCAUCUAUAUCAUUAACCAAAAAGAAAAAAAAAACAAAAACUUCAGCCAUGUGUAUUUCUACUUAGCCUCCUUUUUGGAUGUUUUCUCCUUUGCAUGAUUUUUGUUGCAUGUUAUUUAGUUGCACCUUGUUGCAUGUACUCCUUUGGCUGCACGUUUUUGCUUUGUUUUUUGUUUUUUUUGUAUCUUUGUGAACUCUAAAAGCAUUGGGUUGUCAUGUCACUCUUAAGUGGAAAGCAUUAAAUGAGACUUUGGCUUCUCCAGUCUGAGCCCUGUGUAAGGACAGGGUCUGCCUGGUCUGUGCCUUCUCCUCCUCCAGAUGUACUGUAACAGUGUGGACUGUGUCUAGCAAUUUUCACCUAAACUAUGCUAUUUAUGUCAUCUGUUUUAUAAUAAAUAUUUUAAUCGCCA